AUGGAGGGGAGUUUAUACAAACGCCGCCACACUCGCCGCCCAACCUACCCUCUCGCCCAUGCCGCGCGCCAAAAACCUCGCCGUAUCCCUCUCGUCCUCCGCUUCGCCAAAGGCGCCAUCCACAACAUCAUCCUCAUCCCCGUGCUCCUACACUCCCUCUUCACCGUGUUAAUCGUCUACCUCGACCGCAAUGUCGCGGGUUCCCUUGGCGUCCCUGCAACCGUUAUCCCGUCCCUCUCCAUCGUCGUCGGCCUGAUGCUCGUGUUCCGGAAUUCAACUAGCUAUGAUAGAUUCUGGUCCGGCAGGAACUGCUUGACGACGAUCGGCACGAGUGUGAGGAAUCUGGCACGUGGGUUUUUGGUGAAUGCGCAUAGGAGCAAGAAGGAGGGCGGGGGAUUGACGGAUGCCGAGAAGAAGGACACGGAGAAGAUUAUUCGCGUGUUGAUUGCGAUUAUGUAUGCUGUCAAGCAUAAUCUUCGGGCGGAGUUCAACAUCCCUCCCGUACCGCUCAGCACUAGUAGCAGUAGUGAAGAAGCGCCGAUUGAAACCAGCAAGGCGGAAUACUUCGGGUUGUUGCCGGAUGGACUUAUGGGGUAUGAGGAUCAGGGCCUGAGUCUUCCACUGCAAUUGACAGUGUUGGUGGAGAGCUAUAUUCGCCGAGGCUUUGAUAGGGGCUGGUUUAAUGCGCCGCAGUCGAGUGGGCUGAGUGCGCAGAUUAAUAGUUUGGUGGAUGCGUAUGGGAAGAUGGAAACGAUUCGGUCGACGCCCAUCCCGGUUGCGCAUCUCAUCCACCAAAAACAAGUCCUUGCCCUGUUCAACUGCAUCCUACCCUUCGCGACUGUCGACGACUUCGGGUGGUACGCGGUGCCCAUCGUAGCGAUCGUCUCGUUCACUCUCUACGGUAUCGAAGGCAUUGGUGUGCAGCUCGAGGACCCGUUCGGCCACGACAAAAACGAUAUUAAAAUGGACGGUAUUAUUGAGGAUACGAGACAGGAAGUUAUGGUGCUUUUGGAGGAGUGGAAAAUGGCGGCGGAUGGGCACGCAGAGAGGAUGGCGGGUGGGAUGUUUGAUUUUUGA